AUGAGUGAGAAGAUGGAUAUUGAUUCUGAAGUGGUAGAAGAGACUAGAGAUAAGAAAAGGUUUGAGAUCAAGAAAUGGACAGCAGUGGCGUUCUGGUCGUGGGAUAUUGCAGUUGAUAAUUGUGCUAUUUGUAGGAACCACAUUAUGGAACCUUGUAUUGAAUGUCAGCCGAAUGCCAUGACUGAAACUGAUAAUGAAUGUGUUGCAGCCUGGGGGACUUGUAAUCAUGCUUUCCAUUUGCAUUGUAUUAACAAGUGGAUCAAGACCAGAGAUGCAUGUCCCUUGGAUAAUCAACCUUGGCAAUUGGCUAGAUGUGGCAGGUGA